UACCCUGUGAGAAAAUGUACGGCAUUUACGAGGCAAUUAAGACUUUACAAAAAGAUUUAUAAUUUGAUUUGCUCCAAAAUGUUUUAAUUUGGGCCUACAACCGGAUUUCAAACAGUAUAAAUAAAUUGUCUGACAAUGGAUCCUGAAUUUAAUCUCCAGGAUGUGGUACGGUGUCAUCUCUGUGAGACCCCGAUCCCCCCUUUACACUGUGUCAUAUGUAACAUACAUUUGUGUGAAGACUGUGAGGGGAAACAUCUCUCUGAAAAAUCCAGAGAACACAAAAUGGUACCAUUCAAAUAUCGGAGAUCUAUUCCUAAAUGUCAAAAACAUUCCACAAGAAUAUGUGAACUUUACUGCAAACAGUGCGACAUUCCUAUUUGUGCACUGUGUUUCCUCUGAGAAACAUCAAGGACAUGAUGUUGAAGAAAUUUUGAAAAUAAUCGAAAGAAAAAAAUUAGAUUUACUGAAGGACUUGAAAGAUUUAGAAAAUAUCAUUUAUCCAAAAUAUAAAGAGAUUAGUGGCAAUCUCUCAAAUCAAAAAGCUGAUCUGAAUAAAAACUCCCUGAAAUCGAGAACAGCAAUAAACAAACAUGGAGAAGACUUGCACAGAGAACUAAACACUAUUAUACAAAAACAGGUAUCAGAUCUUGAGGAAGUGGACUCCAACCAUCUGGCUGUUUUGAAUGAACAGGAAGAAAAAAUCAAUUGCACCAUUUCUGCAAUCACACAGAGCAUUGCUGAUCUGAAGAAGUUACUGGACUCCAAUGAUGUCAGUAUUAUCUCUGCGUACAAAUCUAGGAAUUCUGAAUUUAGAAAAUUGCCCCCUAAACUCACAGUUUCCUUAACAUGUUUUAACCCUCCGAAUAUCAACAAAGAACGACUUUAUCAACAGUUUGGUUCUCUGUCAGCGUCUUCUAUCAAAACAGAAGAAAAUGGUUACACAAUAGCUUUUUCAGAUGUGGAGUCUUCUCCUUCAAACAGACCGCUCGUUGAUGUACCACGGAUCAUCACCGAAAUAAAUACUAGGUAUGGAGUAUCAAGUCAUUUGUUAUUAAAUGUGUCCUGUGUGGGUGAUGACAACAUCUGGACAUGUAGUUUUCAUGACAACAUGAUGAGACUGUACAACCUGGAGGGAGAACUAGUGAAGUCAAUGAAAACUACGUCAGGGAACGUGCCAUGGGACAGAACAGUGACAAGGAGUGGGGAUCUAGUUUUUACUGAUAACAUUGAUAGAACUGUUAACAUAGUUAAGAAUACACAGAUUCAGACAGUGAGCAGGCUACAGGGCUGGAAACCUUGGGGUGUCUGUAGUACCUCCAUAGAUGACCUCCUGGUUGUUAUGGACAGUGAUGAUGAUAAACAAACAAAAGUUGUCCGUUACUCUGGCUCCACAGAAAAACAAAGUAUACAGUAUGAUGACAAAGGACAACCUCUUUUUUUAUCCAAUGACAUCAAAUACAUUAGUGAGAACACAAACCUAGAUAUCUGUGUAUCAGACCCAUCAGCCCGCGCGGUAGUGGUGGUCAAUCAGGCCGGCAAACUCCGAUUUACCUACACUGGUCCUCCGUCCACUACCAAAGGAUUAUUUAUACCAUACGGCAUCACUACAGACAGCCAGGGUCGGAUCCUGACAGCAGAUUAUAGCAACCACUGUAUCCAUAUCCUAGAUCAGGACGGACAGUUCCUCCGCUACAUUGACAAUUGUCGAUUACAGCGUCCAUGGGGGUUAUGUGUAGACACCAGAGACAACCUCUUUGUGGCUGAGUAUACAGGUAAAGUGAAGAAAAUUGGAUAUCAGUUGUAAACAAGCCUGUAUGUGUAUGCAUAUGAAUAAAUAUGCAAAACGUCCUUCCAUGACAUCGAUUUUUUAGAUGUAUACAUGUAUCUAUCAAAAUAAUCAUAUAUCAUGGAUCGAAAUAUGUGUAAACAGACAUUGCAUGUUUGUGUGUAUAUGUGUGUAUAUGUAUAUAAACAAAAGGAACAGCUAUGACGACGAAAGUUGAGCCGACAUAUGCUACCUUAGUGAUGAGAAUUUCAGAAAAUACCCCUUUUGAAAGAAUGUCAGGAGUAUUUGAUGACUUAGUACAUCUAAUUAGGAACUACCUGGAAUCGGUAUCUUGACAAUUGUUUCUUUUUUUGGACUGAAGGUGAAGAGGAUUUAGCUAGUAUGGUACAAAAAUAGAGUUUUACAGUUAAAAAGUUAGGUUUAAAAACUACGAUCUACAAACUAUAGUUUACAAUUCAUUCACUGUAGUUUUCAUCUGUAAAACUAUAAUUAUUUAACAGUUGUAAACUAUAGUUUACGAAUGAUAAUAUGGUUUAUCUGUCUACAAAUAACGUAAACAAUAGAAUUUGCUGAUAAAUAUAAAUUCACAUCUGUAAACUAAAGUAUACAUUGGUUAGCUAAGGUUUAUAGAUGUGAAAUAUAGAUUAGAUUCGUUAACUAUAGUUUUCUUUCCGUAAACUAUACUUUACAACUGUCAAACCUAAAUCAUCGACUGUGAAACAAUGAUAAGCACAUCAUUUUUGUGAAUUUGGCUUGUACCUAUGGAUAUUCCAUUCAUUGUUUAAUACCUUGAAUAAAUCAAUACAAUUUUCAAUGGAAAAAUUGUCGCAAGGAAUUUCCAUCUUAGUCAUACUAUCAUGAAAAAUGGAUGACAUAUAUAACUACGGAUAAAUACUGUAAUCCCACGGACAUGCCCCACUAUCUGGAUUUCUAUCGUGCCACCCUUUCCACAGAAAAACGCAAUAUUCCGUUUACUUAAGCACGGGAAAUAUGUCCAAUUAUCACAGAAAAAAAUUGCACAUGUUCUAAGAGAAUUGAAAAUAUUUCUUCAACAACAGAAAUAUUCCAUAAAUUUAAUCAACGCUGGAAUAAAAAGAGCAUCACAAAUUCCAUAACAUAUAGUACGCAAUCCCCGAUCCGACGUUCAUCAUAAAGUAAUACUAAUAGCGACAGUAAAAUUGCUUUUGUUGUGAUCCACAAUCCAAGGAAAAAUAUUCAACAGAUGCAAAAAGAUUGUUUUCCAUUUUAGAGCAGUCAUACAUUCUAAGAAAUUACUAUAAUUUUGGGACAUUAUCAGUUGCCGACGACGUCGAAUCUUAAACACUUGUUAACUAAGACCGAUUUACAAUGCAGGACAAAUUCCAUUCAUAAAUCGAAACUGGUACAAGAAGGAAAUAAAGAUCUACUAAAAUCGAGAUAAAAACUCGUGCUAAUUCGUCAAUAAACUGUAAAUUGGAAAGUGUUUUUAUUGUGCUCUUUGCCCAGCAUGCAAAGAAUUCUAUAUUGUUACUUUUAUGGCACCAGAUGUACAAUUGACCAAAAAAUGAUACUUGGUAAAGUAUAUUUUCUGUAUUUCCAUGUGAUAGGUACGAGUAUGUGGUUUCUUAAAAAUUUUUCCCGCCAAAUCACUACGGGGAAUAAACUCUAGUGUUGCAUAAUUUUACAACUCAACUUCUGAAUGACUUCAUACUGUAAGUUGUUUUACUUUUUUAUUCACAGUUAAACUCUUUUUAAAUAGUGUAAUAUUUUUGAUUGUAUAUAGUUUUUACAUGAACGCUAUUCAGUGAGAAUGCAAAGUGUGAAAGUAGAUGAUGAAAUUAUUUUUUGUUGGUAUUUAUCAAAAAUAGUGUUCUAUACGCACAUAUCAAUGUUAAACAGGAUCCUGACUUAAUUUACAGCAUUUGUUAAAUUGAAUUAUUAAAAAGUGGAACCUGAUCCACAAUCAGGUAUUAAAACAUUUUGUUACGUAAAUAUAUCUAUAA